GCGCGGCCGUUGGGUUGCCCUCCCCGCGCAUGCGCGGUGCCAGACUCUGAGGAGAUGUGAGGGAGAGAGAGGGAGAGAGCAAAGCAGGCGCUGGGCUGAGUCACUGACUGAAGGAGAAGAAGAAGGAGGAGGAGAAGGGCGCCUUCCUCCGUUCUCCUCCUUGUUCUCGGGGAUGCGGCGUCCCUGAGGCCGAGGCCCUCUUCUUCCCCGCUCCUCGUCCUCGUCCUGGGCCUGGCCUUCUCCUUCCCUCCCCCGCCGGCACCAUGAUGGAGGAGAUGGACCGCUUCCAAGUGCCCGCCGUCAGGGCCGAGAUGCAGCCUCUGGAUCCAACAGCAGCCUCCAUCUCUGACAGAGACUGUGAUCCGAGGGAGGGAGAGACCGUCGCCAUGAAUUACAAACCGUCCCCACUACAAGUGAAAUUAGAGAAACAGAGGGAGUUGGCUCGGAAGGGGUCUCUGAAAAAUGGCAACAUGGGGAGCCCCGUCAACCAACAGCCCAAGAAGAACAACGUCAUGGCCCGGACAAGGCUGGUUGUCCCUAACAAAGGCUAUUCUUCAUUAGAUCAAAGUCCUGACGAAAAGCCAUUGGUAGCGCUGGAUACAGACAGUGAUGAUGACUUUGACAUGUCUAGAUAUUCCUCCUCGGGAUACUCUUCAGCUGAGCAGAUCAACCAGGACUUGAACAUCCAGCUGCUCAAGGACGGCUACCGGUUAGACGAGAUCCCGGACGACGAGGACCUGGACCUCAUCCCCCCGAAGUCGGUGAACCCCACCUGCAUGUGCUGCCAAGCCACCUCCUCCACCGCCUGCCACAUCCAGUAAUGAAGCGAGGGAGGCCUGGCGAGGGGCGACGAUCAGUGCUUUCCACGAUAACUGUAAAACUUAACAGCCAUUGCUUCCUCCUAUGGUAGGACGUGCACCUCUUUGUGUUCAUGGAGCCAGGAGAAACCAAAAACAAAACAAAACAAAACAAAUAUUUCAUUUUA